UUCGAUCCUCGUCGCUCCGAGCCGCGCCAGUGACGAGAUGUAACGCGCCCGACGUCGUUCGCACACGAACACACGGCAGUCUAGAAACGUGGUGCGACUCCGUUCACCCUGUACACGCGUGUUGGCUCGCCAACUAUUUCCCGUGGUGAGACGAAACCCUGGAUUCCGAGGCAUCUCGAUAGUUCAUCGCGGAGGUGUAGUGUGUGUUACGACGGAUCCUUUCUAUUUUCUUUUCUUUUUUCUUUUGCCGUGUUUUUUACAUUGGUGACCAGGACAUCGAUACGACUCCCCAGAAUCGUGUGGUGCAGUCGACAAGGCGACCAGCAGUUAGAAAGACAGGAUAGAAUGGUGUGUUAUGGAUCCUUGUGCACUGCAGCAGUCUAUCGUAAUUUCUAAAUCGCAGCUGGCUAGAACGCUUCAAAACAGAAGAAACCAAUGAGCGCUGACCUUUCUGGAACACGUGACCUAACCUCAAAUAUGUUCGCCUGGACGAGCGACUAACCAUCCUGCGAAAAUAGUUCGCUGGUGUGAGUGUACAAUGCGGUGAUUUCAGGGAGGACAGGACAUCUGGAGAAAACUAGAGUGCAGUGCUACAAGUGAUUCGAAGAUGAAGUGGCCAUUAGUGCUGACUUGCUUUCUGCUGCCGCAUUCGUGCAUCCUCGGUGCAUCGCAUGCCGGUUGCGAGUUUCCGGCGCAGUGGAACGGCCACUGGUUUCAAUCGGGGUAUCAGGGGUUGGUGACGGUGAACGGCUCCAUGAUGACCAGCAAGGGCCACUGCAUCGAGACCGAAGGCGACAAGUUCCUCAUUCAGGACACGGAAGAAAAUUGUUACCGCUGUAUCGUCAUGCUGAUGAAACAUCCGAAUGUUCUACAGUAUAAAGAAACCUAUUGCACAGAGUCGCCGAAGCCAACUCUGUCCUCUAUAUGCAAGGAGUUGACCAGCGACACCAUACUUGUUUCGUUGUUCCGCACGGGGGCAGCACCGAUGCCCUGCCCCUUCAAGGGGCCUUUAGAAUUCACGUACAGCCACGGGGACAAAGAAUGUAAAUCGCCUUUGUCCGCGGCAGAAACUUGCACUCAGGAGUCACGACUGCUUCUACGCUAUCAGGCGUGUCCUAAUGUCCUCACUUCUGAAAGUGUUGACGUGGCGUUGGAAUGCCUGGCUACGUGGAAGGAGGGAAGCACUCACAACCUGGUGGCAAGGUUACACGAUCCACGAAAAACUAGCGACGAGGACAGCUAUAGAUGCUUCAUCUAUGAACAAACUUCGAACAAUUCGUGGAAUUUGGCGCAAAGUGCGGAUGCUUCUUGCACGGGUUUGAUCAGCGUUAAAGAGGCAGCCAAGACGUUCAAAAUGAAACCGAAAAACACGACUGAACGUUGCUCGUAUCCAUCUUGGGUGGUGGACAAUAAGUUAUGGGUAGCCCUGGAUCCGAUAGCGUCUCGACUGCUAGCGUCACCUUACAACCUGACGAUUCUUAAUCAAAAUGAGACUCGUCUCGUGUGUCACUCUCAGGUCCCCAUUAACGACCGUCAUUAUUAUCCUGAUAGGGAGAACCAGGUGCAGUACGUUGCGAAGGCUACGCUUGAUUGUAACAAAGGUUACGUGUGCCUGAUGUUCCACCGAAGGGAUAACCACAUAAUAGAGAUGCAACUGUCGGACUGGAGCCAGCAGCCCGACGACGUGUGCAACUCGAGUACGUUCAACUCCCACUCGACGCCGUACACGACGUUCAUUACCUCAGACCCGAUCACUAGACAGUGUCCUAACCUUGGACGCUAUGAAAUCGUGUCCGUCCUGCAUUCUCACAAUGGCCAUAACGCAAAGGACAUAUUGAGCGUGGACAACGAGCAGAAUAUGGCAAAUGCCGCCGAGGUUCAAGACGUCAGGGUUACGUCGACACUUUAUCCAGGACGGUGUCGUUAUGGGAGUGUCCGACGAUUGGAUAUCGGUUGCAAGACACCGGAUCGCAUGGAGUUUGCCACAUCUUGCAGCGACGAGACACCAUCGGAAUAUUGGUGCCAUGGGACUUGGAUCGAAAAUGACACAGCAUACUUAGUCGCGAGCACCGACGUGGGACGAUACUGUCUCGUUUACAGUGCAUCCGCCGCGGCAACAGGAAGUCGUGAGCUCUCAGUAACGGGCCAUCUUGCUUCCUGUCCGAGGGCCUCACAUCGUCAUCUAGUAUCGUGGCAGGUCAACCUCACGUCGUACGCGCAAUGCGGCGACAUCUCGACGGCCACGUCGUGGACCUUCCGGAUUUCCGCCUCGGUAUACAUCCUGGUGGUGCUGGGCACCCUAUUCGGCAGGUACAUCGCGAGGUGAUACCAUUGAGUGAAGAAACUAGGCCACGGGACGGCCGUGUAGUCAGCUACACAAACUCAAGUCGUCAGCACAGCAACUACAAACAAAAGAAGUCUUUAUAUAAAUAUAAAU